CGCACUCUCUGGCUGGUCGGUCGGAAGAGGCAAGGUGGCGAGGAAUGAAUCGCAAGACAGCAGGCAACAGCAGACAGGCUGGUAGAGUCGUGUGUGUGGUCAUGGGCAGAACAGCUGACAAGAGUGUGGACAGAUAGAAAGGGCACGCACCCCAGCCUCACGAGCAUCCAUCCAUCCACCAAGACGGCAAUCCCUCCCAGCCCCCCUGUCACCUGUGCAUGCACCUCAAUCGAGCAUUGUGAGGAAAUAUCCCUCCCAAUGCUCUGCUUGAGAGUGUACAACGCUGCGAGCUGUCUGUCGCGCUCACCCGCAAACAAGCGGGGGUCGGCCAGCUUAUCGGUCUCGCUCUGUCCCUCCAGCUCACUCUCAGACAGCUGUGUCAGCAGCUCGACACGUGCUGGUCGCAGGGCUGAGGCUAGCUUCAUGAAGUCAGCCACGCCUGCCUUACAGGACAAGUCACGACAAACCAGGCGGUAUAUGGGAGGGCAGCCGACACCCCGUGUGGCAGAGGUGUCUGUCGGCCAGUCCAACACGACCUCAUCUAGCUCAUCUACAGGGCGGCAGCGAAGCCAGACGCAUCAACGAGCUCGACGCGCUUGACUGUCGUCAGGCCGCCCAAAAACGAGCCUAGCUUGCUGCAAGCGGCACGCACGUCAGCCAAGGACAAAGAGAGCGAGCACACCGUCAAUUUCUUGACAGCCGGGAAAUGUCGGCUGCUCGCCCCUGCCCCUCUCCCUCCCUCUCGGUCAGCCACUCAGGGAUACUGUCGACCACCUCUGAUACACUCGCGCCCGCCUUAAUGUCGAUGGUGAGUGUGCGGGCGUUGCUGAAGAUGAGCUUGUCACGCCACGACUCGUGCAGCGCUGUGCCACCGAGCAUCAACUUGAUCUGACAUAAAAAGCAGACAUACACCCACUGAUGCCUCCACACAUUCAUGGUGCCCUCUCUGAUGAUCUCUCUCCCGUUGUCUGUGCCUCCCUCACCUCGGUCGCAUUGGCCGCCAGCCGCGUGGCGAUCUCUCCGUAGAGGCCGCCGGGCGCAGGAGGGGCAGUGGCAGCCAUCGUGCUGCAGUCGAUGAGCAGCGGCCUGCGGGCUGGCCACCAGUCGAGCCGGCACUUGACGUCUGCGGCCCACGCGCGGAUACCCGAGAUGUCAAGUUGCGAGAUGUCGAACGUUCCCUGCUGGCCGUAGCCCCGUCGAUGGUGGCAUUCUCCACCACAAAUCCCAGCUUCUUCGGCACCUCUGCAACGGGUAAAACAGACAGACAGAUGCAAGUCAUCCGCCCCCUGAAUGAAUGAAGUGCUCGUGUGCCUGUGUCAGUCACCUUUCUUCUCCGGUGUGCCCCAGUGUCGGUUGAGGGCGGCUUUGAGCUGAUUGAGGCGGCCCGUGACGUUGUUGCGGUGGAUGGGGAUCACCAGGCCAGUGAUGGUGUUGAGGUUGGGGCAGCGGCCGAGGGCAGCGAGGAAGUCUGCCCAAUGGUCGUCGUCGAGUUCGAUGCGGUGGUCGCCCUCCAGGUGCUCGAUCCCGGGUGACCCGUUGAGGAGAGACUCGAAGGCCGCCUGGGAGGCUAACCCUCUGUGGAAGCCAACGUCGAAGACGUCCUCGCUCACUCGGAGGGUGUUAAGGGCCGGGAAGCUCCACCGGUGUCUUCUGCAGAUGCAUCAACACAUGGCAUGUCGACCACUGACAUGACUGGAUGUAGCCAUCAACUGUCACACACUUGCCUUUGGACAUACCUGAUGUGCCUGAUGGUGGAAUCCUUUUGGACAUGGAGGCAUGUCACUCCGGGGAACACCAUAUCGUUGACGACAUAGAUGCAAAAUGAGCAGCGACGUCCAGUGUGAGCUCCUCGAGUGUCGUCCUGAAUGACAAGCACUUCGACAACACGACCAGCGAGCCCACGUCCGAUGCCCGCACAGACGCACUCUUGACUUUCCCCUGCACACACACACACACACACACACAUCCCACCAUGUAUUUCAUCCAUGUGCCCACGCCCCCCCUCUCUCUCACCAUGUGCUGCAUCUCCGUCUUCACGUCCCGUAUCUUGCUGUAGCUAUCCUGUUCGUCUUCCAUCACAGUAAAGUGGCGGAAGAGGCCCCACGUCUCGUCGGUGGCCGUCGUGAGGAUGUCCCUGUUGACCUUGGCCAGGCGGGCUGACGUCUUGGUGGUGACGAAGGAGCCAAUGUGGUUGAACACCUCCUUUGGCAGGCCCGACAGACACGGAUCGCCGUAACCCGGCUGAUACACACCAAUAACCAUCGCAAGCGGCAAGUGUGUGCAGAGAUGGCCAUAUCUCUUGUGUGUGUAUGCGUCACCUCUGAGUCGGCGCCACAGACAUCCACCGAUCCACCUGGAAAGGCACAACACCACACAACGGAACAGGGUACAGAACGGUCACGACGAUGCGCACGAUGCAUUCUCUGCGUGGGUAUGCGUGUUUGGUUGGUGUGUACCUCCAGCAGCCGGCGCUUCGAUAGCUACACGUCUACGCUUGCCCUCGUCACCGCCAGCAGACACCUGCACGGACACAACGCAGGCAGCAAAGAUGCCAUCGCGAUGAGCUGGUCCAUCUGAGUGUGCAUGUUUGCAUGUGCGUACCGCCAUGGAUCGGUGUGGUCGGUGGUGGUCUUAUUCGACGUCACAGCACCGCCCGCCGCCUCGCUGUCGUAGGCAUUGCCAUCCCAUCGGAACGCCUUGCCGCCAAUGCGCUGACACACACACACAGAGGAGAGUGAUCGGCAAGUGUGAGCCAUUCAUUCAGCAGUGAUCCCACCCUUACCGCCAGGUUUUUGGUGAGGGCCGAGUGGGCGUCGAUGAGAGUGUUCCGGAUGGCUGCCAGACUGUCGGCGAUCGACACACCAUCCUGCACCGACAGCAACACGAAGAACAACCGAGUGCUGCUGUUCGGCCCGCUGUUUCGCAUUUCACGGACCUGUGUAUCGCUGUCGGUUUGUAAGGAUAUCAUGCGCUCUGCCCCGUCAAGAUCAGACACAAACCGAGAGGCGACCUGCAAGCCAAUACCAACACACUCACACCACUCCUGCUGCUGCAUGUGUGGAGGAUCCCGUCUGACCGAACGCAUCGAAAGUAUCUCCUGCAGAAGAUUACGAGAUCUCCCACGGCCAUCAUCUGCACUCU